GAGUUUUAUAAUACAAGUAAGGGCAAGGAUGUGAUUCAGCAAAUCUAUAAUUAUAUGGGAGGAAACGAACUUAGAUAUGGUAUUCUUACCACCUAUGAUAAUCACUGGUUUCUAUGCCGAGAACACACGAAGCUCUGGAUCUCAAAAACCCUUUCACUGGAAUCCGAAUCUCUACCCAUACUCAAGGCAUAUGCUUAUCUAACUCGACAGGCGAAAGAGAAUCCCAACUCUCCUAAACCUCAAGUACUAGUGCCGGCUCAAGGGGAUAAUAAUUCAUGUACUCUUCGAUUAAACUCAAAAUCAUCAUCCAGCUCUUCAUUAACUAAUCAGGCUUCCAGCACCUUUUCGAAUCAACAAUCAUCUUCUAACGUCCCAGUAAACCAGCAAAAGUUUAGCUUCGCAGACUUCAAGUUUAAGAGCAUACUAGACUUAUCGAAGGUCCCAUCGUAUGUCCUGGAAGAAAUGCAAAAAGAAUAUAUCCCAAAGCUGGUCUGUUAUGGAUAUUAUGGAGGAGGUAUGAGCUUCGUUAUUAGCUUAACCAUUGUUGGUAAUAUGUUAAGCGACCAAAAAAUAAUGGAACAGCAAAAGGCAAGGGCUAUUAAGGAAUUGGAAGCAAUUCACAAACAUGGCAUCCUCCAUAAUGAUAUUCGGGAGGAAAAUAUCUUAAUUAACGAUAAAGGUGCCCUAUACCUGAUUGACUUCGGGAUGGCAAGCCGGGAGGAUACAAAAAAGAAGAGAAAGCUUUUCUAGGAGGAACAGCUCAAAUUAUCUCAAUUGCUAGAUGGAUAUAACAUUUCGUAAAGAAGGAGGGGCGAACUUCCAAGUCACGUAAAUGUAAGGUGGUUAGUUAGACUGUAGGAUUAGACAUUAGCAUAGACGUCAUGUAUCAGUUAUAUCACGGGCUAAGUCCCGAUCUUGUAUUUA